AUGGACGCCCACUUGUGGCUCGUCGGGAUAGUUUGCCAAAUCGUCAUCGUAUCGGCAGCUAAUAAUGCAAAACUACCGGUUGUCGUGGUAACAUGGUCAUAUCCCGAAGCAACUUCAAAAGCUUGGGAGGUUGUCAGCGGAAAUUCUUACACAGCAGUGGACGCCGUCGAACAAGGAUGUAACGUAUGUGAAGACGAUCCUGUGCUUUGUCACCUUAGUGUGGGAUACGGCGGAAUAGUUGACACUAGCGGUGAGCCAACACUGGAUGCAAUGAUAAUGGACGGGUCAACCCAUGACGUGGGCGCUGUUGGUGGCAUAAAGAAUAUCAAACGGGCUAUAUCUGUAGCAAGACUUGUGAAGGAUCACACCAGACAUACUCUAUUGGUCGGAGACUCUGCAACAUCUUUUGCGACUGCAUUUGGUGGUCUUGACAACGAGUCUCUCGAGAAUAAUGUAACAAGAACAAGAUACGAAGACUGGUUAGAUGAUAAGUGCCAACCUAAUUUCUGGGAGAAUGUCACUCCGGAUCCAUCACAGCAGUGUGGUCCGUACAGUCCUGGUAGUUCCAAGUCGGCUGAACGCUCCGCGAAACUGGAUAAAGAUAACCACGACACAAUCGGUAUGGUCGUCAUUAGUAGCGAUGGCAACGUUGCAGUUGGUACAUCUACUAAUGGGCUGAGUUUUAAAAUAGCUGGACGAGUCGGCGAUUCCCCAAUAGUUGGUGCUGGGUCAUAUGCCGACAACGACAUUGGUGGCGCUGCAGCAACAGGGAAUGGUGAUAUUAUGAUGCGUUUUCUACCAAGUUACCAAGCCGUUGAAAAUAUGCGUCAUGGUAUGACUCCAACUGAAGCAUGUGCCGAGGCCCUCAGUAGGAUUGCUUAUCGAUAUGAAGACUUUGAUGGCGCUUUAAUUGCAGUUAGUAAAGAUGGAGACUACGGGGCAGCAUGCUACGGAUAUGAAGAUGUUGAUGUAACAAUUCGAACACCGUCAAUGGUUACAUAUUCUGUGAUUAAUAUCAAGUGCACAGUGCAAGCAAAGCAGGCAUCGUCCGCAGCUUAUGUGACGACACUGCCCAAGAUGAUGGCGAUCUUCGUGACAUUGAUCCAUUAUUGGCCGAUAAGCUGGUUUAGUUAA